AUGUCGACUGAAAAUCCCAAAAUUCUUCCUAGCUCCUCGACAACUGAAAAGUCGGGUAGCGUUCCACGCAGUGCUAUGCGUAACAUCAAGCCUGAAGCUGGCUCCGGAAGUUUGGGCACCUUUGGUGUAAAGAGUGGAUUGGCACAGAUGCUCAAAGGCGGUGUGAUCAUGGAUGUUGUGAACGCCGAACAGGCACGUAUUGCUGAGGAAGCCGGUGCCUGUGCUGUCAUGGCAUUGGAGCGAGUGCCUGCUGAUAUCCGUGCCGAUGGAGGUGUGGCUCGCAUGUCUGAUCCGGCAAUGAUCCAAGAGAUCAUUGACGCCGUUACUAUUCCUGUCAUGGCCAAAUGCCGUAUUGGUCAUUUUGUUGAGGCUCAAAUUCUUCAGGCGAUUAAUGUGGACUACAUUGAUGAGAGCGAGGUGCUGACUCCUGCUGAUGAGGAGCAUCACAUAAACAAGCACAACUUCAAAGUGCCUUUUGUGUGCGGCUGCCGUAAUCUUGGUGAAGCCCUUCGCCGAAUUAGCGAGGGUGCUGCUAUGAUUCGAACGAAGGGUGAGGCUGGAACAGGUAAUGUGGUCGAGGCUGUGCGCCAUCAGCGCACGGUUCAAGCUGAAAUUCGUCGUGCUGCCAGUAUGAACGACGAUGAGCUAUACUCGUACGCCCGCACGAUCCAAGCACCUUUCCAUCUUUUGAAAGAAACUGCUCGUCUUAAGCGCCUUCCAGUGGUUAACUUUGCUGCGGGUGGCGUGGCAACGCCAGCUGAUGCUGCGCUAAUGAUGCAACUUGGCAGCGAUGGUGUGUUCGUGGGCUCUGGAAUUUUCAAAGGAGCCAACCAGGCCGAGCGUGCUAAAGCCAUCGUUCAGGCAGUAGCUCACUACAAUGAUGCCACUAAGCUAGCUGAAGUUUCUACGAACCUGGGUGAGGCUAUGGUUGGCAUUAACAUCUCUGACGACAUGAGAGGUGGCAAAUUGGCUUCGCGUGGCUCGUAG